AUGGAGGAAGCACAUGUUGUAUAUGAUCAUUUCAAGGAAGGGGAACAAUUAUCUAUUGUGUCUCAGGAAUCUUUAGCAAGGAUUUGUAUCCUAGCCCUUUGGAUACACCGAAGUCCCCAACAAAGGCAAAAAUGGAAUAAGGUUUGCAAGAUUAUUAAUCUCUCAAGCAAAUAUAUCGAAUAUGACGUUGAUAUAAGAUGGAAUUCCACUUUCCGAAUUCUUGUGAUCCCAAUCUACUAUAAACUUUAUGAUUUACUCGAUGAGGCAUCCGAGCGCAAGGAGAGAUUCCUAGAUCUUGACGAAGAUAUAUCAUUGGCUGUGAAGGAAGGUAUAAAGAAGUAUAAAAAGUACUAUACCUUUAUGGAUGCUUCUGAUACAUACUACACUGCCCUUAUCUUGGAUCCUCGCGUCAAAGGUGAUCUCCUCCUCGACGAACUGGAAGAUGAAGCUACUAGGAGGGAGAUCCUUAAAGCUCUCCAUGAUAACCUCCACCGUGAUUAUUCAGUUGCGACUAUGGGAUCAAGCUUAACUAUAGGACAAUCCCUACUAGAGUACAACACUAACUAUAAUGAUGUAGAGUCCCGGUUACUAAAGAGGUUACAGCCACUCAAUCAACCUCUACUUUCUGAUAUUGAUCACUAUCUUAUCAGCCCUCAGGUCAAUAUAAAUAACUAA